AUGGAAAACCAAGGCAUCACCGAUUUACUCCAAAAAACUGAAUCGCUUGGCAUCUCUGACUCUAUCCUUCGUUUCAAACCAAAAAAGAGCGAGAAAGAAAACAAUCAUUGUGAGAUUUUGGUGGGCAAGCUGCUCACGGAGAAAAAAUUCAAUGAAGGUACCAUGGAACUCACCUUGAGUAGGAACUGGAGGGCGAUCAGGCAACCCGCUGUCACGGAAAUAGCGCAAAACACUUUCGUCAUCUCCUUCAAGACCCGGGAAGACAAACUGAAGAUCUGGGAGUCCCGUCCCUGGAAGAUUGCCGACGCUCUCCUCAUUCUGCUUGACAGGAGAGAUAAAGGCAAAAUCAAAUUAGAGGAGCUGAACUUCAACAGAACUCUAAUUUGGGUUCAAAUCCACAACUUCCCUGGAGAACUCAGAUCGGAGGAAAACAUCGCUACUCCCUUGAAUGAAAUCUUCAAAGAGAUUGUCAGGGGAGAUGAGAUGGGAGUUGCAGAGGGGCGCUACGUCAGCUUCAUUAGGGUCCUGGUAGAGAUCGACCUCUCAGAUCCUGUCUCUCCUGGAUUCUACCUCCAAGACGACUCACCCCCGGACAUCUGGGUUGAAUUCAAGUACGAGCGUCUCCCUGCCAAUUUCUGCUACUGCUGCGGCCGCAUUGGCCACUCCCAGCUCCUUUGUCGCUACCCAGAAGACAAAGUUGAAGGCCGCUACGGAGACUGGACCCGAGCCGGCCACCACUCCCCUCCGUCCCCCCUUUCGAUCUCUAACAAGAGCACCCCUGGUACAGGUGAAAGCAAAACUGGCGACAACUUCACCAUGGAAGGAGACCGCUCAGUCGGCCGGUUGCUGGACGGUAGACUCGCCGGAGGCCGAGGAACCCAAGGAAGAGAGAGGAAAGCUGUGGGAUGUGUCAAAUCUAAAACCCCAUCCCACGUGGGUACAACAGAUACUUCGGCUGAAUCGCCAAAUGAAAGUGGAGGAGUUCCACCGGGUUUUGGGCAUCCUAGUCCACCUAACCUAGUGGGUCAGCUCUAUAACAUGAAGAAAGCGAUGGACUGUUCCCCAUACAUACCAAGGAAGCUUUUCCCAGAUUCCUCUGACUCUGACAAAGGGUUAGGAGGAAACCUCCACUGGCUUGAGCAGGGACAAGGGUCGGGUGCUAGGUGUGGUGAAGCCAACUUUGUGGGCCCUGAGACAGAAAGCCCAUUGCCAGCACAUUUCAACCCUUUGAUGGGCCACCAAGGGUUUUAUCCCAGCCCAAAUUAUCUUAACAUGCUGCAGGAAAAUAUGGUGUCAUUCCAGGCCCAUCAUCCCUACAUGAUGUGGGAUAAAUCCCAAAUUGAAGCCCAAUAUUUAAGUCCUUGGGGUCUUCGGAAUGAGCAGCCUAGAAAGAAAAUCAAAGCCAGCAGAAAGAGGAAGACAAGAGUCUCCAUUCAAGAGCAGCAGGAGCAUAAUCCCCUGCAAAAUGAAGGCAAUGGGGAAGGUACUGAUCCUAGGAUGGAUUCUGCAGAGGUGUUGGUGGCCAACCAAAAGCCACCAGGGGGUCCAUGA